AUUUCAUUCACCAUUUAGUACCAAUUUUGCCUCAUUCAUUCAUUUCACUUAUUUUCUUUCUCUGAAAAAGUCUUAGAUUUUUCUAAAUUUCCCGAUUUCUUGACGUGUCUCACAUUUCCAUUCCCAUUCAAGUUCUGAAUCUGCCCCCAUAUAACAUCUGGGUUUUCUCUCUCGCUCUCCAUGUUUUCCUCACAAUCUCAUUUUUUGAGGUCCAACACAGACUAAGGUCGUUGGUUGGUUGCCAACGUUGUUGCACUUGCUGUCGGUUUUUUGAAGAGGACCUUGUGUUGGCCAUUCUAUGUCUUCUGUUAAAAGCUUUUCGCAGGGGCUUAAAAAUGAUGAGAUUCAGGGUCAACGCUCUGAAAUUCUAGGCAGGCACAAUUUUGAAACACAGCUGGCUCAAAGCAAUUUCAAAAGCAAUGAUGCUCUCAAUCACAUGCAAGACCAAGACACUAUGGAACUUUACUCACAAGCGAGGGGGCAAGAAGAAGAGAUCCUCUCCCUUCACGAACAGAUUGCUAUUGCCUGUAUGAAGGAAAUGCAACUUUUGAACGAGAAAUGCAAACUAGAGAGGCAAUUUUCUGAACUAAGAAUGGCAGUUGAUGACAAGCAAAAUGAAGCCAUCACGUCUGCGUCUAAUGAGUUGGCUCAAAGGAAAGGAUAUCUUGAAGAAAAUUUAAAACUUGCUCAUGAUUUGAAAGUUGCAGAGGAUGAGAGAUAUAUCUUUAUGUCAUCUAUGCUGGGACUGCUGGCAGAAUAUGGUCUAUGGCCUCGUGUUAUGAAUGCAUCUUCAAUAUCCAACUAUGUGAAGCAUUUACACGAUCAGUUACAAUGGAGGAUUCGAAACUCACAUGAUAGAAUUGGAGAGUUGACUGCUGUUCUAGAAACUCAUGCUGAUAAUGGUAAUCCUGUUGUUGAAAGUCCAGGUUCUGGAAAUUUGACAAGUCACAUUCAUAAUGAAUUCAUGUUCCAGCAUAACUAUCCCCAGCAAAAUCUUACUGGGAAUGAACAAAUUCCUCAACCAAUGAGCAAUAUCACAGGGUAUAUGAACCCAGUUCUUAAUGGUGGGUAUAUGAAUCCAAUUAUUGAUAGUGACAUAAACAGGACAUUCCAAAGGCUCAAUCAGGAGAUUUCUAAGGCUGAUAGGGAAGUAUCUUCUUCUUUCCAUCAUGAUUCAAUUGAUAAAAUUGGAGCGCAUGAGAGAACUAGAGAGAGAAAUUUUGUAAAUGGCAAGUUGUAUCAACCUCCACCUGAGCAUGAUGAGACUGCUUCCUCUGUUUCUGAAGAUGGCCCUGGAAUUGAGAAUUUUCAAAUUUGUGGUGAGGCUAUUCCUGGAGAAAAACUUCUUGGAUGUGGUUAUCCAGUCCGUGGAACUUCUCUUUGUAUGUUUCAGUGGGUUCGGCAUCUUCAGGAUGGCACUAGGCAGUAUAUUGAAGGAGCCACAAAUCCAGAGUAUGUAGUUACAGCCGAUGAUGUUGAUAAGUUGAUAGCAGUUGAGUGUAUUCCAAUGGAUGACAAAGGCCAUCAGGGGGAGCUAGUGAGGCUUUUUGCUAAUGAUCAGAACAAAAUAAAAUGUGACCCAGAAAUGCAACUUGAGAUUGACACAAAUCUGGCUAAAGGAGAAGCAACGUUCAGUGUUCUACUUCUGAUGGAUUCUUCUGAAAAUUGGGAACAAGCAACUCUAUUCUUAAGACGAUCAGGAUACCAAAUUAAAAUAAGUGGUACUGAAGGUCCAGUAGUUGCUGAGAAAUUCUCAAAGGACUUAUCGAUUAAAGUUCCGUGUGGUCUCUCAACGCAAUUUGUGCUAACAUGCUCGAAUGGAUCUUCUCAUCCUCUAAGCACAUAUAGUGUCAGAAUGCGAGACACGCUUGUGUUAACCAUGCGAAUCUUCCAGAGUAAGGCAUUGGAUGACAAAAGGAAAGGGAGGGCAUGACCUCAGGUUACCAUGUCCAAGCCUGCUCUUCACGCAUGGUACAAAAUAAAAGAAAAAUACAAAACAGAGAAAAUUUUACAGUCGCAUUUAUUUUGUAUUUUGGUUAUAUUUGGGAUAACUCUAGUUUACUGUCUUGUAAAAAACAGAAGUAGCAUAUAGAAAGGUAAGAAAAUGUAGCAUUUGAAGAAAGCACUAACAAUGUGCAACAUUUUUUCCAACAAAAAAUUACAAUGUAACAUUGUAUCUCAGUGAAAGUGUGAGAAAAUUGCUUUAGUUAAAUCAGAACUCCAUAUUCAGCCUAGCUUAA